AUGGACUCCUGGAUGUACGUCCCCUCGGGCAGUAAUGGUAACAAUGCUCUGCCGGGUAACACGAACGAGGGCGGCUCGAACAGCCAGCGGAAUUCCCUCGACAACACCAACGCCGGCACCACGACCUAUUCCGCCAUCCAAGCCGCCACCUACCGAGAUUCAACCUCUCCCGAUCAGCUGCAGCAAGGCAGUACUAAACCCGGCGGCGCCCACAACCCUCGAAUCCGAAGGCGAAACCGCCAGAUCACUUCGUGUCUGGAAUGUCGGCGUCGCAAGCUGAAGUGCGACAAGCAGGCGCCAUGUUCGAAUUGCACGCGCUUCCGGAGGGAUUGCCUCUAUCUCGCCCCGGCCUUGGAUCCGCAGAGCCAGCAGAAGCUCGCGGAUAUCAAGGAGAAGAUGGGUGCGUUGGAGAAGAAUCUUGAGAGGGAAGUCGCUGCGAAUAAUAGUAAGGCGCAUCUUGGGGGAAGCAACGUUGCCAAAUUGACUGCUGAGGUGAAAGCUGAGAUGGCUGUGGCGGAAGAAGAGGAAGAGGAUGAUGCGGAGGAAGAUGAAGAUGGGCUGGAGCCGACGCCUCUGGCUGCGCUGGAUCAGGUGUAUGAGGAGACGGUUGACGACGAGUUGAUGGAUUUAGGCGUGCAGAUGGGCAAGAUGCGCAUCUCCGAACGCAUAGGAGGCUGGAUCCGGCCCAAGCUCGUCGAAGAGCUCAACGACACGCUGGAGGAUGUCAAGGCGGGCAAAUCUCGACACUCCCAAUCACCCGCCAUCAUCGAUCACCGCGAGUUACGGCCGGGAGCAGGACCCAAGCUGCAAGCCUCGCCUAAGAGCUAUAUCGGUCCUGGACCAGACUACAUCGCCCCGGCGAGCAGCUUCUUCUUCCCGGGGACGAAUAUGAGUACGAGUUUGAUUGAUUAUCUGCCGUCGAAGAAUGCUGCCGAUCAACUUAUCGCACAGUACUGGCAUGCUGUGCAUUACCUGGCCAGAGCCGUGCAUCGCCCGACGUUUGAAGCCCAGUAUACGCUCUUUUGGGGCCAGAUCGCUACGGGAAGUGAGCCUGUUCCAGCCGUGCAGGGCAUCAUCUUCGCGGCCAUGUUCUCAGCGGCAGUCAGUAUGAGCAAUGAGCAAGUCAUGCAAAGGUUUGGGACUUCAAGAAACGCGCUUGUCGACAGUCUUCGAUCAGGCACGGAGCAAGCCCUCGCCAAAGCCAACUUCCUGCGAACGACCAAAGUCGAUACCAUGCAGGCGUUUGUCAUGUAUCUCAUCCCUCUGGUACGGUCUGAAGUCUCUCGCGCGCACUCCGCUCUCGUAGGAACAGCCAUCCGUCUGGCAGAAUGUAUGGGCCUCCACCGCGACGGCUCCUUCUACAAUAUGACUCCCGUCGAAAUUCACGUUAGACGAAUAAUCUGGCAUCAACUGUGCUUUCUGGACAUGCGAACAUGCGAAGCGACUGGUCCUCGCCCGCAGAUCCGCAAAGACGACUACGACACCAAGAUGCCCCUGAACGUCGACGACAUGGACCUGCUCGAUCCCAACGGCCCACCAACAGAAGACAAGCCCUACUGGACCGACAUGACCUUUAUGCGAAUCCGCGCCGAAUGCCAGGAAAUGCGGCGCAUGGUGUGGUACGACAUCGUCGCCCUCGACAAGAAGAAGAAAACCCUCACGUCCGUCCUCGUCAAGGUGCAGAAAUUCCGCGCGUCGAUGGAAGAGCGGUUCCUGCCCAUGUUCGACGACUCCAUCCCCAUGCAACGUCUUGGGCACCACAUCUUCGAAAUGCACACCAAAGCGCUCCAUCUCCAAGUCCUCCACCGCUACCUCUUCAGCACCACCCAACGCAUGCCGGACCGUCUCCGCCAAGUCCUCAUCGAAGCCGGUCUCGUGCAGAUGGAGUGCUCCAUGACCUUUGAGACCGAUCCCGCCAUGACAGCCUGGACGUGGUACCGCGGCGCCUUCAACCAGUACCACGCCGCGCUCCUCCUCAUGGUCGAAGUCUACGCCUACCCAAUGCGCCGCGAAGCCGCGCGAAUCUGGAAAUGUCUCGACUACAUCUUCGAGAUCCCGGCGCAUCUCGCACCAAAACAAAAGGCCGAACUGGUAUUGACCGACCUGCGCGACCGCAUGGAAGUGUACCACCAAAUGCGGAAAUUGAAAGUGAGCAAUCAGAUGGAGCAGCGAGUGGGCGGCGGGAAAUUGGGCUUGUACGGCCGGGCGGAGUAUCGCGUCGUGGAUAGUCUGGGGCAGAUGGUGCAGCAGAAUCCGAAUGAGUUUAGUCCGCCGCCGCCGGUGGCGAGUUCGGACUCGAAUUCGAAUCCGAGCGAGAGUCGGCAGGGGAGUGUGGCUGCUCCGAAUCAGACGAAUACUACCGCUGCUGGAGGAGGGCAACAAGGAGGAGGAGGAGGAGGAGGAGGAGAUGUGCAAAUGAGCAUGAUGGAUGAUAUCGAUUGGGCGGAAUGGGAAAAAGUCUUCAACCCCGAAAUCUACACGGGCGACCUCAACAUUCCGGACUUCAACAUGACGGAUUUCACCGGUCCCUAUACCACCACAACCAACACCUCCCAAACCUCCACAUCCACCACACAAAACCCCCCUUCCACCGCUCCGCUAGACCCCAUGACCUUCAACAUCCAAGCCGCAGCGAAUAUUUCAAGUCUUGGGAUCACGAGUUCGGAGGCCUUGAAUGUUCCUACGGGUAUGGACGGGGUGGGGGAGGGGGAUUUGAGUGAUGUGCAGUUUCCGGCGAGUACGUGGUUUGCGCCGGGGAUUGGAUCGGGGGCGGGGCAGUCGCAGGGAGGGGGUGGUGGAGGUGGAGGUGGGUAUGGGAGUGGGUGGGGGAGUGGACAGGGGAGGUAUGGAUCUGGAUGA